CCAGUUUUCCCUGAGCCCUGAUAAGAUAAGGAGGUAAGGAAGACUCCCCAUCCAGAAGAUAACUAGAUGACAACAGAUAAGUAGAUAAUAGAGACAUGCAACAUUAAAAGUUCAGAAAUCCAUCUCACCCAAAGGAGCAUUUCUUCAAGUCAGCUAUUAACAAAGCUUUCUCUUUUGGAAAAACCAGUCACACACAUUGAGUCAGAGACUUCUUUCCUGUUUAUACGGAAAAUAAAAUGAUCACCAUUCUAGGAUUUAUUUACAUGAGCUGGCUCAUUGGGUUCUGCUCUGCAUUACAUGUUGCUUUUCCAAAGGAGAAAGGUAUGAAUGGAACAUCUGUUGAAAACCUCUCCUGUUUUGUUCGCUCAUAUCCAUUUAAGGCCCCUACUAUGAAUUGUACUUGGAAUGCUGGCAAAAAUGCUCCUUCAGAUACCCAGUAUUUUCUGUACUUAGCAUAUCAAAAGGCUAACGAAAAUGAGUGUCCACAUUACAUAAGUAACAUGUCUGGGAGACACGCUGGUUGCUACUUCCCUAUUGUGACGGUCAAUCAAUACCCUGCGACUGUUACAGUAAAUGGAUCAAGCACAGAAUCUCCAAUUCAGCCAUAUGUUGAGAGUUUCCGACUUUUUGCAAAAGAACAGCUUCAGCCGCCCCAAAAUAUUACCGUGAAUUAUAAAUCACCAUUAUAUUAUAUAGUACAGUGGAAACCUCCUCCAAGCUCUCGUAAAGUUGGAAGUGAAUGCUUUAAGUUCCAAAUAAAGGAUGAAAUCAGAAAUACAAUCAUCGAUGCACCAAAUAAAACAUACUUUGGUUGCCCAAAGCCUGAGAAAUAUAUCCUGAGAAUUCGCACAGGUGGAGAAAGCAUCUGUUCAAUUUCAAAAAAGUUUGGUGAAUGGAGUGAACCAAUUGAGUUUGGUACUGAACCCAAUCCAUUCCCUACACUGCAUUUAGUCUUUUCUGUACUUGGAACCAUCUUAAUAAUUGUGCUCUUGGGUUUGAUCUGUAAAAGGAAACACAUAUGGCAAAAGCUUACUGAUCCAGUUCCCCAACCAAAAGAUAUAAUGUGGCAAUGUGAAAAUAAUAUGGAGAAGUGGGUGACCCCAGUACCAGUAGCAGGUGAAUCAAUAACAGUGGUUGAAGAAAUGACUGCCAGCUCCCAAAAAGUAUGA